AUGUUCACAUACACAACACACCUACCUAAUACCUUGUUUAUGAGAGCUAUAAGUCACCACCUUUCACUGCUCAAUUGGAGAAUCUCUACCUCAGGAUCUCUUUUUUCUCUGAGAAAUACUUGUACCAAUACCAUGUCUCAAUCUGAUAAUUCCUCUCCUUUUACCACACCCAGAUUGGUUCUGAAGAAGGUUUUGGCCAAAUCUCAACAUGAAGGGGAUGGAGCUGUUGUCAGAAGAGGCAUUGGAAGGAGCGAGUUGAAGAACUUGGAUCCCUUCCUAAUGUUGGAUCACUUCUCAGUAUCUCCCCCAGCAGGAUUUCCCGAUCAUCCACACCGAGGUUUUGAAACCGUCACCUACAUGCUAGAGGGAGGCAUCACUCACCAAGAUUUUGCUGGGCACAAGGGUACAAUAAGAGCUGGUGAUGUUCAGUGGAUGACCGCAGGAAGGGGAAUAAUUCACUCUGAAAUGCCAGCAGAAGCAAACAACAACAAGGGAUUGCAACUGUGGAUCAAUUUAUCAUCCAGGGACAAAAUGAUCGAGCCUAAUUACCAAGAACUUCCAAGUGAGAACAUAGCAACAGCAGAAAAAGAUGGGGUUGAAGUGAGAGUGAUAGCAGGGGAAGCAAUGGGAGUGCAUUCGCCUGUGUACACACGAACACCAACCAUGUACCUUGUUUUCUCCAUGAUGCCCGAAACUCAGUGGAAUCAGAGCAUUCCAGAGUCGUGGAAUGCCUUUGUUUAUAUAAUUGAAGGUGAAGGAGUUUUCGGGUCUCCAACAUCAUCCCCAACUGUGCCACACCAUGUCCUUGUUUUGACUCAAGGUGAUGGCCUCAGCGUAUGGAAUAACUCUUCAAAGCCUUUGAGAUUUGUUCUGAUUGGAGGCCAACCACUUAAUGAGCCAGUUGUUCAGCAUGGCCCUUUUGUGAUGAACACGCAGUCUGAGAUUGAGAACACAAUUGAAGACUAUCACUAUGGCAGGAAUGGCUUUGAGAUGAGCAAGUAUUGGAUGUCUCAAUAGUAAUAGUAAUCACAACUCUCUCUAUCUCAUAUCUUAUAGAUAUAAAUAAAUAAAAAUAAGAAGCCUGUUUUCUCAAUCCUUUUCAGUGUCACAGGCGUAGCUAUCAAAGUAGUAGGAGCUGAAAAGAAAACAAAUACUACUAUUGCUUAUUCUCUCUUUUUUCAUUUCCAUGUAAUGAAAGCUUCUAGAAGAUUAAGAUUAAAAUUGCUGCUGGGACAACUAUUGGUUUUGGUUGUGGCUCAAGUCAUGUCAUGAUGAUGGGUCAGCUUAUCUUGAUUUUUCUCUCA